AGUCCGCGGCUCAAAGGGUAAGCAGUCCAGCUUGGCUACACGAAAUUCGUGCUCAGACCCAAGUUAGCCAAGGGAAGCAUGGCGCUGCGACGUAUCAUGAAGGAAUUGAAACAGAUGGAGAGUGAUCCCCCCAACCAAUGCAGCGCUGGCCCACUGGCGGAGGACUUGUACGAUUGGACAGGAACCAUCAUGGGGCCUACGGAUUCCCCCUAUGCUGGUGGGGUCUUCUAUCUGGACAUCAAAUUUCCCGUGGAUUACCCCUUCAAGCCCCCCAAGAUCAUCAUGACCAACAGGAUUUACCAUUGCAAUGUGAAUAGCAACGGUGCCAUUGGCUUGGAUCUCUUGAGAGCUUCCUGGAGCCCAGCACUUUCCAUCUCAAAGGUGCUGGGGGCGGUUGCAGCCCUGUUGGCCAACCCAAACCUGGACCCUUCCGCGGUUCUGGUGCCGGAGAUUGCUGAAGCCUAUCAGAAGGAUCAAGCCGAACAUGCUGCGACGGCCAAGAAGUGGACCCAGAAGUAUGCCUAGUGUUUUGUGGAGUCAGAUGUAGCUGCUUAGCUGCUGGGCUCCAGGUUGAAGGCGAAUGAAACAGAAAAAAAUCCAAGUCCAAGCUUAGGAGAAGCCGAGGGUGUCAAAGUCGGCCGCAGAAUUCCUUGGUUUCACACCGCUUCACUGUACGGCUCGCCAGAGGUGAGAAA